AUGGUACCUUGGAGUGCUUUCUUGUUUCAUGUGCUGCUGUUUGCAUUACAAGGAAAUAUUUGGGCAUCGUCUAUCCUGGGAGAAACAUCAGAAAAUGAGUUUAAUGAAAAUGGACAGAAAAGAGCUCUUUUAGCAGUGCAGUCUGAAGCAUCUUCUCCAAGAUACUUUUUCCAUGAGUCUAUUAAUUGGGGUGAGAGCAAAAUAAAAGGUUCUUGCCCUCAUGAAUGCCUUAACGGAGCUUUCUGUUCUAAGACUGGUACAUGUGACUGUGAAAUAUUUCAAGCUCUUGGGACAAGGUGCCAGAUUGUUCCAAACAUGGGCAAUGGCAGAGAUGGGAUUUGCAAAACCUGGGGACAGUAUCACUUUGAAACGUUUGAUGGACUCUACUAUUACUUCCCAGGAAGUUGUUCUUAUAUAUUUGCAAAGGACUGUGGUAAUUUGGAACCUCAGUACACAGUAUGGGUUCAUAACAGCCCUAAGUGCAUUGGUUCAGUGUACUUCUGUUAUCGGUCUAUCAGCUUAUUCUUUUCAAACCAAGAGGAAAUUCGAAUUUAUGGUCAUCAAAUAAAAAAGAAUGGAAUCAGUUUAACAUUGCCACAGAUGAUUGGUCAGGUGCUCAUUGAGAAAUUGGCUGACUAUAUACUUGUGAAAACAAACUUUGGCUUUUUGUUGGCUUGGGAUGGAAUAUCAGGAAUUUAUAUCAAACUGUCUGAGGAGCAUAGAGGGAAAUCAUGUGGCCUGUGUGGAAACUAUAAUGGUGUUCAAUCAGAUGAUUUUGUGAUUCUGCAAGAGGACUACACAGAGGACAUUGCUAUGUUUGCAAAUAGCUGGGUGGUGCAAACUCCAGAUGACACCAAAUGUGUACCCACUCCCUCCAAUUUUCCAAACCCAUGUUCCAGUGGAAUGCCAGCAUUUGAGGCGAUCUUCUUCAAGUGCCAGAUACUAUUGCAGUUUCCUUUCCUCAGCUGCCAUGAAUACAUCGACCCAUAUUUAUAUAUUGCCAGCUGUGUUAAUGAUCUUUGCAAAACUGAUGAUGAUGAAACCUAUUGCCGAGCAGCCACUGAGUACGCUAGAGCCUGCUCUCACGCAGGCUUCCCUAUUCAAGACUGGAGGGACGACUUUCCAGCAUGCACUGAUAAAUGUGAUGAUAGCUUUGUGCACCGAGAUUGCAUCAGUUGUUGCCCACCGAGCUGCACAUUUGAGAAACAGUGUCUUGGGAGCAAUCUUCAUUGUCUUGAUGGAUGCUACUGUGCAGAUGGCCUCAUAAUGGACAAUGGGACUUGCAUCUCCUUGGAAAAUUGCCCAUGUAGUUUCCAUGGAUUAGCUUAUUCAGUUGGUUCGAAAAUUGAACAGGAGUGUACUGAAUGUGUAUGUGUUGGUGGAGUCUGGAACUGCACUGAGCAUGACUGUCCAGUUCAAUGCUCUGUUGUGGGUGACUCUCAUUUCACCACCUUUGACGGUCGGCAUUAUUCUUUCAUUGGCUUGUGUCAGUACAUCCUUGUCAAAGGAACUGGGAAAGAUAAAUUCACAAUUACUUUACAGAAAGCUCACUGUGAAGAGAAUCUUGGCUUGGUCUGCCUUCAGUCUAUAACUCUAAUUCUGGAGGAUGAUUUUAGCAAACAAGUGACUCUCAGUAGGGGAGGCCAGAUCCUCACCAGUCCUAACCAAGGCUUCAAUCUGAAUGGAAUUGUUGAAAUUCAAACUUUGUCAUCCUUAUUUAUUCUUCUAAAAACCACAUUUGGUUUAAAGAUUCUGUUUGCUAUAGAUGGGGAAAGAAUUUACAUUCAGCUCUCUAGUGCAUGGAAAAGAAGGACGUUAGGUCUGUGUGGCACUUUUAAUGGCAACAUCAGGGAUGAUUUUCUUUCUCCAUCAGGCAUGAUAGAAGGAACCCCACAGCUUCAUGCAAAUGCAUGGAGAGUUUCCUCCACUUGUUUUGCACCUGUUCAUGUGCCGAUGGUGGACCCCUGCAGCAUUAAUCAGCAGAACAUUGGAUAUGCAGCACACUGUGAUGUCAUCCACCAGGAGCUCUUUGCUCCUUGCCACCUUUACGUGAGCCCAGGACUGUACUAUCAGCUAUGCCGCCAUGAUGCAUGCAAGUGUGGAAGUGCCUGCCUGUGCAAUGCUCUUGCUCACUAUGCCUACCUGUGUGGUCGGCGGGGUGUACCUAUUGAUUUCAGAGCUCAGAUUUCAUUCUGUGCCGUGGUGUGCCAGAGGGGCAUGAUGUACCAUCACUGCUCCUCUUUCUGCCUCCGUUCCUGCACCUCUCUUUCCUCCCUUGCGCAGUGUGAUGACGACUGUGCUGAAGGUUGUAACUGUCCUGAAGGCAAAUUCUAUGAAGACACGCUGAACUUCUGUGUGCCCAUACAUCACUGCCGGUGUCAUUAUAAGGGCAACGUUUAUCAGCCUGGGGAACUCAUCCCAACACCUUCAGGCUUGUGCCAGUGUUCAAAUGGGACUGUGAAAUGUGAUGAGGCAGCAACACCCUCUACUGUUCAUGCCUGUCCAGAAGGAAAGGAAUAUUAUGACUGCAGGUUUCCUGACCCUGAAUUACCAGCUGGUGGUAUAAACUGUGAGACCACAUGUGCAAACCUGGCCAUGAACUUCACGUGUGCCCCAUCAUCACCUUGUAUAAGUGGCUGUGUUUGUGCUCCAGGAAUGGCAGAGCACAAGGGAAAGUGCUAUGUUCCUGAGAGCUGUCCAUGCAUCUGGAAAGACUGGGAGUACCUCUCCGGAGAGGCCAUUUCUACACCGUGUUACACGUGUGUUUGUCGACGGGGGAUGUUCAAUUGCACGUAUUAUCCAUGCCCUGCAGUGUGCACAGUAUAUGGGGACCGGCAUUAUCAUUCUUUUGAUGGGUUGGAAUAUGACUACAUCAGUGAUUGCCAAGUUUUUUUGAUAAAGGGUACAGAUGAUUCAGAUAUAUCUGUGAUUUCCCAGAAUAAGAAAUGCUUUGACAACGAGAUUGUUUGUUCUAAAAAUGUUUUGAUAUCCAUUGGAGACACUGAAAUUUACCUGAAUGACACUCCUGAAAAACAGAAACGAUCAGUUUUUUUUCUGGAAAGCAAGCCUACAUAUCAGCUUUGGAAGGCCGGAUUCUACAUAAUAGUGUAUUUCCCAGAGCAAGACAUCACCAUUUUGUGGGAUAAAAAGACAAGUAUUCAUAUCAAAGUCGGGCCACAGUGGAAGAACAAGCUAGCAGGAUUAUGUGGGAACUUUGACAAAUGUACUUCAAAUGAUAUGACUACAUCUAAUAAUCUGGAAGUGAGAAAUGCUCAGGUAUUUGGAGACAGUUGGGCACUGGGACAGUGUGAGGAUCCAGUUGAAACAAUGAAACCCUGUGAGGCACAUCAAAACAAAUUUCCAUACGCCAAGAAAGAAUGCUCCAUUUUGUACAGUGAUGCUUUUGCUCCUUGUCGCAAUGUGAUUGAUGUUACUUCCUUUGCCAAAAACUGCCAUGAGGACACAUGCAACUGCAACCUUGGUGGGGACUGUGAAUGCCUGUGCACAAGUGUCGCAGCUUAUGCCUACAAAUGCUGUCAGGAGGGGGUGCCCAUUCACUGGAGGACACCCACUGUUUGUGCACUUGAUUGUGAAUAUUACAAUGAAGGUCUUGGAGAAGGGCCGUACAUGAUGGCAAGUUAUGGGCAGACUGGCCUUGUUUUAGGUGCCAAUAUGACCAGCAGAAGCAUUUUCUCUUUGCCAAGAAGUAGUGUUCAUGGCAAUUUAUUUUUUAAUUUUAUGAUCACUCCAGGCCUUUUCAAAGAGAAGACAUCAUCAUUGGCUCUUGUUUCCUUGGAAUCUGCUGAAAGGCCAAACUACUUUCUCUUUGUCCAUGACAAUGAUACUCUUAGCUUGGAGCUGUGGGAGGCAAACUCAGCAUUUCAACGGAGAGCAACAUUCUUCCAACACCAGAGCCUCUGGAUUCCUGGUUACAGUGCAUUUGAAUUAUAUAGCAAGAAAGGCUUUUUCAUCGUUUUUAGAGAUUCUAGUGUCAAAGCAUUAAAAUACGAUGAUUCUGAAGAAUUCAAGGAGUCAAGCAGCUUCAGCAUAGAAGAAAUCCAGGCAGCAGUGCCUUACAGGAGAAUGUGUGAGUGGAGAUAUGAACCCUGUGCCACGCCUUGUUUCAAAACAUGCAAUGACCCCGAAGCCCUAGCUUGUAAAUUCCUUCCACCAGUUGAAGGGUGCUUGCCAUACUGCCCUAAACAUAUGAUCCUUGAUGAAGUGACUCUCAAAUGUGUUUACCCAGAAGACUGCAUACCUGUGAUUCCCACAGAGCCAGCAUUAAUGCCCCCAGAUGUAGAAAUGGUUACUCCAUCAGACUUGCUGACACCGACGACCUCAGGUUUGGAAUGUGAGCCUCAGCAAUUUGAUCCAGUUUAUAACUGCAGCCAAUAUAUCUGUCUUAAUAUGGAAUGGACCUUUUACAACUGGUCUCUGAACUGCCCAAAGGAUUUAGAAAUGCCAGACUGUGGAUUCCGGGGACGGCCUGUUCAAGUGAACACGGACAUCUGCUGCCCAGAGUGGGAAUGUCCGUGUCGGUGCUCCAUGCUGUCAGAGCUGAGCAUCAUCACAUUUGAUGGAAACAACGCUGCACUGUCUAGCAUGGCUUCUUAUAUCUUAGUAAGAAUUCCUGGGGAAAUUAUAGUUGUUCACAUUGAAAAAUGUUCCAGGAAUCAGAAUGGAAAUUCAUUAAAAAAACUAGCUUCUUCUGGAAGAAUCUCUGGACUUUGUUUUAAGAAGUUGAAUGUAACAACAUCUACACAUAAAAUAUUUGUCAACAGAGCAGCAAGAAAGGUAGAUGUGGAUUCUAUUGUUGUGCCUUUGCCCUUUUCAAGUCAAGAACUAUCCAUAGAGGAUUCUGGUACAAUGUAUGUGAUCACUACUCCUUCUGGGUUAAUAAUAAAGUGGGCUCACCUUACAGGAAUUAUCGAUGUUCACUUCAGUGCCCAGUUUAACUUGUCUUCCUACACAGAAGGACUUUGUGGAAUUUGCAAUGAUGACCCAGACGAUGACCUCAGGAUGCAGAAUGGCACCAUCAUUACCAACAUGGAAGACAUAGAGUUAUUUAUCAGGAGCUGGGAAGUUGAGAAAUCAUUGGAAAUGACGACGAGAAGACCUGUUAGGAACUGUACUGAGCAUGACUGCAGUCGCUGCAUUGAGCUACUGAACAGAAGAUCUUUCACUCCUUGCCAUGACAAAGUUUCACCAAAGGACUUUUGUGAAAAGAUGUGGAUUAAUUACACCUAUUUCUGGAAUUAUGAAUGUGAUGCAAUUUCUGCAUAUGUUGCUCUGUGCAACAAGUUUGACAUCUGCAUUCAGUGGCGAACCCCUGACUACUGCUCACUGAGUUGCCCAGAGGGGAAGGAAUAUCAGUCUUGUGUACGACCGUGUGAAGCAAGAACAUGUCUCAAUAAAUGGUUCUAUGGACACUCUUCAUGUCUGAAUUUAAGAGAAGACUGUGUGUGCAAAAAUGGAACCAUUCUUCACCGUCCAGAUAAAACUCAGUGCAUUCCAGAGCAAGAAUGUGUAUGCACCGAUGGUGAAGAUCAACCCCGCAGGGCUGGGGAGAUUUGGAAUGGGGGCAUUGAUGAAUGUGUCCUAUACAAAUGUUUGGAGAAUGGAAGCAUCAUUCCUAUAGAACCUGUCUGUGAAGAAGAGCCCUCACGUAUUUGUGAACGAGAAGGUGAAGUUGUCAUGGGCAUCACUGAUAAGCUGACCUGCUGUUCUAAAGAAGUUUGUGGAUGUGACAUGACUUUGUGUGAAACCACCAUUCCGACAUGCACAAGUAGCCAGAAACUGAUUGUUGGUUAUAGCCCUCUUUCUUGCUGUCCACAGUACAAAUGUGAAUGUGACACAUUCAGAUGUCCCAAUAUUUCAACACAAGAUUGCAGAGAAGACCAGUUUAUGCUUCAAGUGCAACAGGGAGAACCUUGCUGUUUCUACCCUUUCUGUGUCUGCAAACCUUGCACUGAAUCUACUCCCGUCUGCACUGAUGGGGAAUUCCUCACAGUGGACCUUAAUACUACACAUUUAUGCUGUCCUCAGUACUACUGUGUUUGUGAGCCAAAUCUUUGUCCUAUACCACUAAUCAACUGUGCAGAAGACAUGAAUCUUGUGAAAGAAAAUGUGUCUGGUCAAUGUUGCCCAAAUUGGCAUUGUGAAUGUAACUGUGAAAACCUUGUUAUACCAACUUGUGAAGUGGUAAGAAUUCAUCCUUUGAUUGAUUUAUCAUAUUAUUCAAAUUGUUAUAGAUUCAACCAAUACGCAUGCAGUUGUGGUGCAGGUCUCUUGAAAAGGCAGCUGAGCUCUGAAAAGCUCAGUUGUGGACCUACUAUAUUAGAAGAAGAAAAGGGUGCUGAAUGGGAUGAGUGGCAGUGUUAUGAGAGCAGUCAAGUGUCUGAGAAAGGAACAGCAAUGACAUGCUUGUACCUCCAUGAAAAGGAUGAUGUGUGUGUAUUUCAAGAAGUAUCAGUAUUAAAUCAUGGACAGUCUAUGAUAAAGUACUUGGAAGGGGACUUCUGUUACACAAUAGAGUGUCUGGAAGAAAAAGAUAACCAUACAGACUUUCAUACUUUGAAUGUUACAAUGGUGAACUGUUCAAAAGACUGUGAAGAUCACCAGAUAUACACUCCAUCCCCCAGUGACUAUGAUUGUUGUGGAACUUGCAAGAAUAUAUCCUGCAAAUUUCAUAUGGAAAAUGGAACGUCAGUUAUAUAUGAGGAGGGAAGCACCUGGCACUAUAACUGCAUCACCUAUAAGUGUGUUAAGACUGAUGAGGGGGCAAUGAUUCUGAACUACAGUAUGGUUUGCCCCCCUUUUAAUGAAACUGAAUGCAAAAUGAAUGAAGGGAUUGUAAAACUUUAUAAUGAAGGCUGUUGCAAGAUCUGCAAACGAGAAGAAAGAAUGUGUCAGAAAGUGAUCAUUAAAUCAAUCAUAAGAAAACAGGACUGUAUAAGUCAGAGCUCUAUUAAUAUUGCAUCUUGUGAUGGAAUAUGCCCAUCGGCUACCAUAUAUAACAUCAACGUUGAAAGUCACCUGAGGUUCUGCAAGUGCUGUCGUGAAAAUGGAGUGCGAAACCUGACUGUACCUCUGCAUUGCUCAGGAAACGGCACUGAUGUUAUGUACACACUCCAGGAACCUGCAGACUGCACAUGCCAGUGGAAUUAAACUCGUGCAUUCUAAGAACUCUGUACAACAGUGUCAUAUCAAAUAGAGUUACCUUUUAUCACUACUAUUUAGGCAUGUGGCAGACUUAACACUGUUUAACAAUGAUGUGUCUUUGAGAUAUCGUUGGACUAUGACAACCUGGCAGUGGGCACAAGAUGUCCAUAACUUCCUGGACAAAAUUAGAUUUAUUGUUUUAUUUUGGCAAAUAAAAAGAUUUCAGAUUGGUUAGCUGAAAUGUUGUUAUGUUUAUAAUUGUA